AUGGUUCUACGACAGCUCCAAAUACAGUCUCUGUCGAAGAAGUUAUCUUCGACAUAUAAGCUUCACUUCCGACAUACUUCUGCUUCGGGAAAAGUGGUACAGGAAAAAACAAUCGAGGCUCCUUUUUCCAAGUGGUUUUCAGCAGACGGUACCCUCCACUUUGAACCAUUUUCAGAAUGGCUCAAGAAUGAGAUAAAGCUUGUACAGACAUCUUCGUUGGAAGGUUCCUCUAAAUAA